AUGGCUGUUGAGGUCGCCCUCAACACGCCGCUUGCCGAUGCGCUUGGUAAUGCCGUCCAAUCGAAGUUGAUGGAGACUGGUUGGGCAGCUGGCGGACUUGACGACUCUGCGCUAGGCGAAUACAUUAUCCUCAUGUUAGUGAAUGGCAAAACCCAAGACCAAAUAGCAGAAGAACUCUCAACGGAUCUAUUGUCACUACCGCUGGAGGAUACCGGACCAGCAGAGUUUUCAAGAUGGUUAUUCGAACAGGUGGGAGUCCUCGACGAUGAAUUGAACGGGAGACUGCCAGAACAGCUACCUCAGAUGCAAUCAACACAUCACGCAGAAGACCAAGGAACAUCAAUAAGGGGCGCAGCCUCGAGACAAUCGGGUGACGCUUCCGGUGGGGACUUCGAAAUGCGGGAAGCAAUUGAUGACGUGCAAGAUGGGAACAUGUGCGUGUUCUCCCACCGUGUUGCAUUACCAGCUCGCGUACUGACCCUUUUUUUCAGCCCAACAGGCCCAAAAUCUAUGCGGAACGGUUCGAGAGCUGGGGUUGGCAACAAAAGAAUGGUGGGACAGUUAAAUAAAGCCAUGGAUCGCUCAGGAGAGGCUUCUUUGCAUCGCGUACGCGCACAGCAAGGAAGCGAGCGCAUUAACAUGCACAAUCGACAGCCCCCGAAAGGGCCGCGGAACGAUCAGUCCUGGAACAGUCGAUUACUAGCAAAUGGCAGACCAACAGGUGGACCUAAUGGCGCAAAGAAUGGGCCCCCAGGCGCUGCAACAAUGCAAAUGACACCUCAACAGCAAAUGCAAUUAAUGGCAAUGCUAGAGCAACAGGCGCAGAUGAUGGCGCAAAUAAUGCCGCAGCAAAUGCCAGGAAUGUCUCUGCCAGGCGUAAACCCUGCAUUUCAGAAUGGAGGGCAGGCACCUGGUAAAUCCCUUUUGAGAGAGUCGAAGGUAAUCCGCGACGGCAAGGGGGGUUUCGCAGCCAAAAAUCAAGCCGAUAUCGACCAGCCUACGUCAAAUGGAAAUACAUCAUCAUCCAUGGAAGUGGAAGUCUCUCAAAUCGGCGAGUCCUCCCCUGAUACAAUUUGCAAAUUCAACCUCAAAUGCACGAAAAAGGACUGCUCGUACGCGCAUCAGUCGCCAGCCGCACCGCCCAAUAUCACGGUCGAUGUUCACGAUAUCUGUCCCUUUGGCGCCGCCUGCAAGAACAAGAAAUGCGUUGGUCGGCAUCCGUCCCCUUUCCAGAAAGUCGCCCAUGCGUCCGAACAGGAUUGCAAAUUCUUCCCCAAUUGUACAAACGCGUCGUGCCCCUUUCGACAUCCGACAAUGCCAAUGUGCAGGAAUGGCGCGGACUGCAACCGGGAAGGCUGCAAGUUCACGCAUGUUCGGAUAAUGUGCAAGUACAACCCUUGCCUCAACCCUGACUGUGUGUAUAAGCACGCUGAGGGUCAGAAGCGGGGCAAAUAUGGGGACAAGGUAUGGACUGCGGACCAAGAAAAGGAGCACGUUAGCGAAAGAAAAUUCAUCGAUGAUGAAAUGGGAGAGGAGGAGCUCGUUAGGCCGGAUGAGAGGGCAGACGACUCAGCACAUGGUGGAAGUCAGCAUUCGGCUGAAGUAGUGGCGUGA